AUGACGGGAGUCCUGACCGUCAAGCUCGCCUGGUUGCGUGGAUUGAAGCUACCAGACGUAGCUGGCGACACCUGGCAGAAGCAAUGGCGCCCAUACGUUAUCGCAGAGUACCAAGGCUUCCAGCUCUCCUCUGAAGCCCUAUUUAGCCUCCCCGCGCAGGGCCUCGUCGACUGGGAAGCGUGGUAUCGCCCUUUCAAAUUUGAUCUCCCGCCGUCGCUGUCAUCGUCGUCCGGAACUGAGGAGCAGGUGGGGGUGCUUACCUUGUCAUUACUGAUUCGUCGUCACGAGCCGAAUAUAGGGAGCACUCUAUCCUUGUCGGGUGAACCCUUUGGGCCUCAAUGCAUGUCACUUGGGUUGGUCAGACUGAAUCCGUUCCUGGCCGGUGCUGGGACACAGAAGGUGAAAGCCCUGGAUGGCACGGGGCUAACAGGGCUAGAAAUAUCCUACACCAGGAAAGAAAUUUCGCCUGUACUCACUAGCAAGGAUUGGAGAGUUCCCGAAAGAAACAAUAGCUGCAGUGACGGCAACCUGGUCUGUGUCCAAAAGCAAGACUCGGGCAGAAGCUACGGCAUGGAGAUCACCCAUAUACCUCGCUCUGCCCAUGAGCAGCUCAGUGGUGAAAAUGAACCAGUGAUAAACAGCCUCCGCUCUGGCAUCCAGCACCCCUUCAUCGCUCCGCUGAUGUUUGCCUUUCACUGUUCGGAUGGUAGAUUGGAACUCCUUUCACCGCUCGGCAGCGGAGGAUACCUUUCUGACCAUGUGCAGAGAGAGCGACGAUUUGGCAUUACCAAGGCCAGAUAUUAUGCUGCAGAGCUGAUCUGCAUACUGGAAUACUUGCAUGCAAAGAACAUCAUCCUUGGUAGUCUAAAGAUGGAGAAUAUCCUCCUCGACUCCUCUGGCCACGUCAGUCUCUGCAAACCGAGUCUCUUUGCUCUUGACCUGAGUAAGGACACGGACUGUAUUGCACCCGGCAGGUCGGCAUAUCCAGCUCCCGAAAUUCUCCUUAACAAGAGAGAACCAUCUCGAGCUAGUGAUUGGUGGAGCCUGGGGAUUAUCCUCUAUGAGCUCUUGACGGGUGCUCCGCCUUUCUACCACAAAGAUGAAGAGGAGCGGCGGUAUAGGAUCAUCAACGUUAACCCUCCAGCUGCCCACCUCACGCGUCGCCUAGGAGCCCACGGCCUCGCGGAGGUGAAAGCGCAUCCUUUCUUCCACGGGUUGGAUUGGGGUGGUUGCAUCCAGCGCAAACUUGAAACGCCCUUCAAACCCCACAAUGACGCCGUGGUCUUCUGGCGCGAGCCACACACAGACAAGGUAAAGCAAUAUCCGAAGGGGGAGUUGCGAGAGUUCGAUGGAGCAAUAUAUGAGAUACUAGGCACUUCGGAUUUUCCCUUGCCGCGUUAUAUAGGGCCGGCUGCCCCUGACAAGAGUACAGGUCAGGGUAACAUGGGCACUUCAAACGAGCAAUGGGAGUUGAUAUGGGUGCCAGAUAGUGGAGAAUUAUACUUCCAAAAUCGUUCCUCUGGCCAGAGGGUUCUAGCGAGACGCGACACUGCGAAGCAAGGAGAAAUACCUCCGCCAAUCAUGUCUGAACAUCCCAUCCAGUGCCAGCUGGAGGAAGCUCUCGCGACAGCUUUGCAAACUGGAUACAGUCACGACGUCUUCUCUCAGCUCAUCAGUUACGACCUGAAUCUUAACAUCCGAACUAACGACUUCAAACAUUACCCUAGCAGAUGGAUAACACCACUGGAGUGGGCCGUUGAGCAGGAAAGGCCAGAUCUCGUGCAACUAUUCCUUGACCAUGGCGUCGACGCCGACUUUACUGUUCCCUCUCAAGAAGGCCCCGCCGUCGUAAGAGCCGUGCGACGAAAAUUGCAUAAUCUGGUAGAAGCUCUGUUGCAAAGAACAGCUCACCGAGUCUCACGAACGAGGGCGCUCGCACUUGCAGUGGAACAGCAAGAUAUCUCUCUCGCGACGAUCCUCCUUUCACACGGGGUGGCCUGCGACUUUAAAGAAUCCGACCGACCCCUGCCCCCCGAUCCAUACCAUUGGGACUAUGACUCGAACCUGGACCGAGUAUUCGAGCCGGUGGACUUCACCCCGCCGCUUGUCCGGGCAGCUAGGCUGGGCGAUCUUGCGUCGGUCACCUUGCUGCUGGAGCAUGGCGCCGAUCCUAACGUUGCGUACCACGUUCUGGGUGGGUGGAGGGGGGCGGAGCAAGAUCUUGGUUUCAAUGAGAUCGCCUUAAGGGAUUCGAGAAUACCUACCAUGUUCUCUUGUGGACGAGCUGUACAGAUCGCGAUGGAGAUGGGGCAUCCGGAACUUGUGAGGGCGCUGCUUGAUGCUGGGGCAGAUAUUGACCUUCCGCAGCCUGCUUGGGCGGUACCGGGGCAUGUCUGUCAGCCGGUACCUAGGGCUGCGUAUCUGGAAAUUGUGAGUGGGCUAAGGGAUAUUGUGGCUGAAAGACGCAGAGUUCACCCUGCUUCUGCGGAACUGCGCUCAAAGGACACCAACACAAACAUAGUAAUGCGGCCAAAGACCAGUACAAAGAGUCCCAACAUCAGUAUUCCAAGUAUAAAACUCAUCCAGCGUAAUCCCGGCCUGCGCAGCAAUAUCCCAGCACCCAUCACCCGAGAUCACAAGAUAGAAACUAUCACACCCACUCACCAUGCCCGCCUGUGUUGGUGUAGGCGUGGAAACCCCAUUGCCGGUGGUGGUAGCAGUGGUAGCAGUGGUAGCAGUGGUAGCAGUGGUAGCAGCGGUAGUAGUGGUGGUGGUGGCAUCUGA